UUUUGUUUUAUUAUGUUGCCAACUUCUGUUUAGAUAGUAGUGUGUUUUCUUGUUUGUCUUUGAUCUAAAGUUACAGAAUCUUGUUAUCAAAAUUAAUAAAAAUGCCGGUGAUUACUUUAAGUAAUAAAUGUAUUUGGUUUAGUACAUGAAUAUUUUGUUGGAAAUGGAAUGUGAAACUGUAAAUAAUUGUGAACAAGAAGAUACAAACAAAGUUAAGGAUUUAUCAGAUGAUCUACCUUUGUUAUUAAGAGCGAACAGUAUUUUUCGAGCAAGGUUGUUGCAAAUUGACAGAAGUUUACCUUUAAUAGAAAAAUUAACUAUUGAUAAUACAGAUCUGGCUGAAAAAGAUAAAAAAAUUAUGGACCUUGAAGAGGAAAAUGCAGGACUGAUUAAUUCAAAGCGUGAAUUAUUACAAGAAUGUGAGAAGUUAAACCGUGAUUUGAAUGAACUAAAAGAAUUAUAUGAUAAUCGACGAGAAGAAGUUAAAGAGAAUGCUCAAAGAGAUGAAAAAAUAAAGGAUCUUGAAAAGAAAAAUGUAGAGCUGUUUAACUCAAAUCAAAAUUUAUUAAAAGAAUGUGAGAAUUUAAACCGUGAUUUGAAUGAACUAAAAACAUUAUAUGAUAAACAACUGGAUGAGAAAAAAUCUUUUCUGACAAAUAAUGCUAAUAAAACGGAUCAUACUGAUGACUGCCUUAUGGCUGAUCUAGAACUUUCUUCUGAUGAUGAAAGUGAAUUUCCAGCAAAUAAUAAGGUUAAAUCUCAGAAAAUGCCAGUGGAAGAAAACAAAAAUAUUGCUUGUGAAAAAUGUAUAAAACUAGAAGAUGAAUUAUCAUUUGAGAAAGCUAUGAAUUUUACAAGACAUUUUCAUUUUGUAUCUCCAGUUCCAGAAGAAAAGCAUUUCUCAUCUGUUUCUAUUCAAACUGAUAUUGUUCAUGAUCAGUUUAUAAAAAAUAAUACAUUAACUAAAAAUGAUCAAGAACUUAUAAGCAAUCCUCUUGGUUUUAGUACAUCUGAAAUUUGCAAAACAAUAUUUAAAAAUAGAAAUAAAUUAAUAUUUUCCAUAAAUUCUUGUGGUUAUAAGCAUAUAAAUGCCUUCAAUAAACUUGAUUUGGGAGCUGAAAAUGCUUUACCUGAGAUAAUAAAAAAAAUAUAUAAUUUUCUCUCUGAAGUAACUGAUUCCAUUCAAGAUUCUUUCGAAGUAAUUACAAAGAAAUUUAAUAAAACUUAUGAAUUAAAAGACUCACCAGAAAAUAAUAAUAUUAGUAAUGCUUAUUUGGGCAAGACAGAAAAUACUGAAUGUUCACCACUAGAUGGUAAAAUUAAUAAAAAAAGCAAAAAGCGAUUACUUGAUGAAAUACAACCAUUAAUUCAUGAUGAAAUUGCUCCGAAACGCACUUGCACUUUAAAACCACAACAAAUUGACUAUGAUUUAAUUUACAAUAAUAUGAACAUUAAAAAACAUGAUAAACUAAUCAGUCCAAUUAAAAGUAUUGCUGCUUUGUCUCCAAAAGAUGCAAACAAAACCUCAAAAAGAAAACUAAAAUCUUUAAAAAAUAACAUCUCUCCUCCAAUAAUUAAGGAAUUUGCUAGUAUUGAUAAUGACAAUGUAAAUAAUGAAUUGAAGAGUGUUCCUCCCAAAGGUAGACGUAAGUCAGUUAUUAAAAUAUUAAACGAUUCCCAAAGAAUGAAGAGAAAUCUAGAAAUAUUUUCAAAAGGAAAGAAAUUAAAAAAAAUAAAAACUGAUUUUAUAAAAGUGAACAGUGUUCCAAAUAUAGAAAAUUUAUAUAAUCAAAAUGUUAACAUUCAAAAUGAAAAAAAUAAUUCAAUCCCAAUUACAGCCAUUACGGAGAAUAAAGACAUGAAAUUAAGCACAAGUAGUGUUAAAACUAUUGAAAGCCCUGUUAUUACAAAAGUUUUGAAUACUGAGAAAACCGAGACCAAUCGAGCAAAAGAGAGAAAAAGCAAUCGACAUGAUAAAUUAAAUAAGUCUGUGAUAGACACUUGUAAGAAUUUAACUGGCGAAUGUGAUCAAACUUCAAUUACUUCUAUUAAAAGUUCAAAUUUGAAUGAUACACAAGAGGACAGAAAACUUGAAAAUUUGAACAUAAAUUUGGCAGAAAUAGAUAGUUCAAGUAAUGUAACUAAAUCAAAUGUGGAUCCUUUGAAAAAUUGUCCAAAUUACUUGGAAGAUAAUACCAAAUCAAAAACUGAUUUUCAUGUAAAAUUUGUUCCUGAAGGUUCCACAGAAACUAAAAACAUCAAAUCCCAUGAAAGCGACUAUGAAUCAAAGGAAACCAAAGAUUGUGUUACUAAUGUUACAAAAACAGAAACAGAAGACUCUAAUAAGAUCCAGAACAAUAAUAUCAAGAUCAAUGGAGUUUUAGAUGAAAACGAAAGUUCAAAAACUCGAGCUGAACAAUCAGAUUGUUUUGAAGAAAUUGAUGGCAAAAAUGACAAUUUACCUAAAGAAAAUUUUGUUAAUAAAAUUGAAAAUACAGUGUGUCUCUCAGAAAACGAUACUAGUAUAUUGAGCAAAGGUAACUCAAUUCACAAUGAAAAUGUUGACACAGAAAAAAUUAAAAAUUCAAAUGAAGAAAAUAUGAAAUUAAAUUUUUAUACUGAACAAAGUAUAAAUGAAGAUUUUCACACACCAGAAAAAAAUAGGCAAUUGAAAAUGGUUUUAGAAAAAUCUGAAGAGAUUCAAAUAAUUCAAGGAACUUCUGAUUCUGAAAUGGUUAACUCUGAUACUCCUACAUUGAAUAAUUCUUCUUAUAAACAAGAAAAUAUUUCAGACAAUAAUGCUGUUCAAACAAAAACUAGUAUAAUCAAUUACAAUAAUACUAGAUUAAAACAAAAUAAUUUCCAAUCAACGUGUCUUGACUAUUCAGUCAUGGAAAAACAUGUAAGAAGCAUUAAUUCAGUACAAACACCUGUUGAAAAGUUCAACAAUCGCAUAAGUGUUUUAUCAGAACUCAUUAAGGAAUAUGCUCUACCUAAUAAAAACUAUAAAAAGCUCAUUAAGCAAUUUCCAACAGCUAUACCAUUUACCCCAAGUUUCAAAACACAAGAACAACAAAUUAAAAUGAUUCUUGUAGAAUUUCUAGAGAGCCCAGAUGUAUCGGCAGGUAUACCAAAAGCCAUUAGUGAAUUACAAAUUACAGAUUUGGACAUAAAACAAGUUUUUUCUCAAUGUUUGUUAUACAACAUGAAAGAUGAUUGGGGAACGAUAAUUAAAAAAAAUCCACAACCUGCAAAAUAUUUAAUUAGACUUAUAUGGCAUCUUGAUCAAAUUUAUGAAGGUUUUAAGCAUUAUUAUAUGUCUGCGACAUCAUACAAAUUAUUCAGAAGCUGGAGAUGUAAAAGCAUUGUCCAUAUUUCUGGCAGAUAGUUUAUAUUGUUUCCACAUUAAAUGUGUGAAUAUUUUUGAACAGAUAUUAACAGCUUGUCCUGAUUUGUUACAAUGUUACAAUUCUAAUAUUAGAG